AAACAAACGAAUAAUAGCGGUGCAUGCAAAAAGGGAAAACGAAUAAAUCUACGAACAACGAACUGCAAGCGAGAGCGAGAUAGCAACCGCUGUCUUAUUAGCAUGUGCGACGCGGGGGAGUAGAAGUAAAAGUGCACUCAAUGAUAAGAGAGUGUGCAGUGAAAGAGAAAGCAAGCAGUUGGAGUUAAAGCAGUGCCAGUGGAAAUGGAAACGAAGAGAAAGGAGUUGUUUGAAGAAAGAAGUGCAUGAAUUAAAUACAAUCGGUAGCUACAAAGAGCCAACUGGGUACUAAGAGAAGUAACCGGAAGAGGAAAGGAUUACGCCGACUUCUUAAGAGCAAGCAAGCAGUGCACACAGGUCGUAUUCUGAGUCUCGACGCCCCACUCUCGAGUAUCGAUUUUGCCUUCGCUAUUUUGCCACUUGGUAUUUUAGUUGGCAACCGUUGACAGUUGGCAGCUGCAGCGGGAGUCGCGGAGGCGGGCCAUCAGCAUGUGGCCCUAGACAAAAGCAACAACAAUAAAACGCAACAAAAUAAAGUGCAAAAAAAUAGAGGGGAAACCUGAGGAGAGGAGUCGGAGGAACCACUUGGCAUUCAGGCAGCGAAGCAUAACCAGGCGGUUGGGCUUAGACCGGAAAAGCGUCGAUGAGUUGAGAGCCCCUCACAGCCACUCCACUCCACUCCACUUCACCCUCUGACCCUCCAAAAACCCCUCCGAACUCCGUCCCGCAAUGGAUGCGUCGCCCCUGUCGCCGGAACAGGCACCCAUCUUGGUCACGGGGAGGUCAUUGGACCAGCAGGUGGACGCCAGUUCGCCCAACCACUCGAACUACUCGAAUCUCACGAACAGCAGCAGCGGCAGCAGUGCCAGCAGUCCUUCGGCCUGCUCAUCCUCGUCUUCCUCAUCCUCGGCUCCCCAAUACAGUGCGGAUAUCCGGGCGGCUGCACUGCAUCCACAGCAGCAGCAGCAACAGCAGCAGCAGAGAGGAUCUGCCUCCGGAUCGCGCUCAGGAUCAGGAUCAGCGAAGACCUGUGAACUGGACGUGGGCGAGGAGCGGGAUACUUUCUCGCCCGUUUCCAGUCCGGAUUGCAACGGAGCUGCCGCCGUGAAUGUUCUGCCCUCUUCGAGUGGCUCUGUGGACAACAAGAUCUACGAGGGAGGCAGCAAGGUGAAGCCACCUUCCAAAGAGGAGAAGCAGCGCCAGAACGAAGAGAUCGUGUGCAUGGAAACCUCGACAGUGUCCACGGAAACUGGUUCCUGGGAGUCCAUGUACCCCGCAGCAGGCGUUGCUCCGCAAGCUGAACCCGAGGAAAUGGAAGCCUCUACGGUUUUCAAAGGCAUCAGUGCCAGCACGUUGCUGCGGGACCUGGAGAAGCGGGAUCAGCCGUUGUCCACCUCGGGAACCAGUGCCUGCUUCAUAGACGCCUCCUCGCUGAGGGACGAGGACGAGGUGCUGUCCUUCCCCAGUCUAGAUGGUCACGGCCAGGAGGAAGAAGUCGGGCAAGAGGCGACUGGCGACGAGGAGCCUGAGGAUGAGCCCUCGCCCACUGAGCAGCUUGAGCAGUUUCACAAGUCCUUUGCCAGGUGCAAAGGCUUGAGACUAACACAACAACAGCAACAACAACAGCAGCAGCAGAGAGAGCCGGAACAGGAGGAUCCCCCUGACGAGCCGGCGGAGGAGCGACAUGCUCCCAUGUCGGUGCCCUACAGCUUCCAGCACAAUGCCCAACACUUCAGUGUGCUGCCCCUGGGCAGCAGUCCCAAGUUCACCCACCACCAGCAUCCGCACAACCAGAGUCAGCAGCAUCAUCCCGAUCUCAGCUACACCACGGACUACUCCUCCAGCAGUCCGGCUCCGAGUUUAGUGUGGUCAGAGCAGGGCAGGAACCACCAGGGCGCCUCCUCCUCCACGCCCCACAACUCGAUGGUGCACAUAGAGCCCGCGUCGGCAGGGAGCAAUAACUCCUCCAUUCACCGGGACUACACGCUAUCUUCCUCAUUGUCGCAUCACAGGGACUCGGGUGCCUAUUGCAGUGAUGCCACGGAUUCGCCACUGCCUCUGCCCCGCACUCCCAAGAGAAGUUCCAAGUUCGAUGAGGCCAAUCCCAUUGUUUCGGGCGGAGCAUCCAUUGAGGAUUUCCGGGAGAAGCAGUGCGAGAGUCCCAGCAUUAAGAGACGCACAGACACCUGCCCGAUAGUCUCGGGCGGAUUUGUGUCCCUGGACUUUGCGCCCACUCGCCCGCUGGCGGAUGACGACGACGAGGAGGAACUGGGUGAAGAUCCUGAAUUAGCUGGUGUGGAAAUGCGCGUGAAGACGGGGGUUCAGAGAAAGCCCGUUCCCGGCAUUGCUUCCUGGGUGGUGGACAUGAGUGACUGCCGGCCGGAGAGGCGGAGGAGCACCAGCAGCACCACCUCCAGCUUCCGGGAGCGCUCCGACUCCAACAGUUCGCACAAGAGCGGCUGUGGCUUCUACGUUUCCUUGGAUGACAUGGACAGGAAGCCUCAAGAGCAACCAAAGGCAGCAGCGGUGGCACCUCCAUCGCAGCUGAGCAAAUCCUACACGGCACCCAAGUCAGCUGGAUUCUUCGUGGAUCUUUCCCAGAGCGCCAAAGAUGAAGAGGUGGCACCGAAGAGUCAGGAGGUGACCGAAGACAAGGAGGAAGCCAAGCCAGAACCCAAGAACAUAUUCAGUAUGUUCAUUGAUUUUGGGGAGCAAAAGACAUCGCGUUCCAAUGGCAGAAAGGAACCAUUGAGUCUGGCUCAGAGGUUGUCCAGCUCCUUGAGCUCUUCCGCUUCGAGAAGGGGAGACACCGAAGUGAUGAAGUCCAGCGCCAGUUCCACGGAGACCCUGAUGGCCAAGAGCGCCAACCAGAAGGAUGUGUCUGCAGGAGCUGGUGAGAGCAAAUCGCUGGACUACAGAUGCAACCUGGAGCCACCGCUGACAGUGGCUGCACUGCGUCGUCUGUCGCAGCAGCAUCGCCAGCAAAGCGAUCCCGCCAAGCGCCACAGCUGGGGCAGCAAUGGUCAGCCGGAGCAGGCAUCCGUAUCGGGAGCAGGCAACGAUUGCAAGCGAUCCAUCAGUCUGACUGCCAACGGAGCCACUGAUUCGGGAGCGGGUCUAAUGAGCAUCAUUGACAAGCUGCCCAUUAUAUCGAAGGCCUCCUCCCUCUCCAUCGAUAGCUCCGUUUCUCCGUACGAUGAUUUUAGUGGAUCCAAUCCUGGAAUAAGCAGCUGUUCGGAGGAGGAGCAGGGCCAAGUCCAGGGAAGGAUCAAGAAGAGGCGAAGGGAUGUUCAAAUAAAUGAGACGUAUGACAAAUCCAGCUUGGCUUCGGUAACUGAGGGCAUUCUAUCCAAGGACUUGUCGCCCGCUUCCAAUACAGACACCGAUGAUCUCACCUUCCAGCAGGACGAACAGCUUGCCAAGGAGCAGGCGGAACUGGUCGCAGUGCCCCUCCAGCUGACCAGCAGCUCCAAUCGCACCAGCAGCGUAAUGGAGACCAUCAUCGAGGCCAAGGAGACGGCGUCGCCCAAGAAGCAGGUUACACUCAGCAAUGGCCAUACCAUGGAAUCCUUACACGCCACCAUCGAGAAGCAAAAGCAACUGCUGGAGACGGUCAACGAGCACGGAGAACAGACGACACAGCAGCCCUCCCAGAUCCCCUCGAGCUUCGUCAAGCUGUCCGACAUGGAUAAGCCCGUGAAGCACGAUCUGCAGUCACCGGAUUCGAUGAGCAAGAGCGUGGGCAACAACCACAGAAGCUCCCAGCUGGGUCAGAGACUCUACAGGGAUGAGAACCGUGCUCGUCCCCACUCCUGGGCCAUGACCCGAUCCACGGGCAACACGUUGCAGAACUUCACCAACUCGGUGGACAAUAUAAGGAGUCUCUCGCGACUGUUUCCAAACUUCUCGAAGGAGUUUUCCAACUCCCUGCCCAACGGUAUGACACUGGAACAGGUGCAGGGUCAGCAGGUGGACUACAUCCAAACGGAUCUCAGUGCGGACUCAAGUCUUGCCUCCAGUUUCAGUAGAUCGGGAAUGGAUGAAUCCUCGCUGAGCUGCAGGCAGCCCAGGCGUUUGGGGGAGGAUUUGCUCAAGAUGUUCCUGCAGGAAAUUGCCACGGACAUGCUGGUGGAGGUGCACGGUCGACGUAUCCGUGCCCACAAGUGCAUCCUGCGCUCUCGUUGUCAGUACUUUGCUGCCAUGCUGGCGGGGCACGGAUCGCAGAGCGUGGUCUCCCUGCAGGGUUACUCCUAUGCAGCCGUGCACUUUGCCUUGUGCCACAUCUAUUCAGGUGCCUCGCAUCCGCCGGAUGGGAUCAGUCUGAUGGAGCUGGCGGCUCUGGCGGACUUGCUGGGACUGGAGGGUCUCAAGGAGGUGACCUCUCAUGCUCUGAAGACGAACUACUGCCACAACUUCCACAAGCCAUGCUCCGGCUGCACCGAUGGCAUCCUGCAGGUGCUACCCGUGGCGUUGAACCAUGCUCUGGAUGAUCUGUACAGGAAGUGCCUGCGCUGGACGUGUCGCCACUACCUGAAGGUGUGGCCAACCAGGCAGUUCGCUCAGCUGCCCCCAGACAUACUCGGCCGAUGCCGCCAACAGAUCGUCGCGUACAUGACAUCGGAGACGGUGCUGGACACGGUGCUCGAUUGCGACCACUUGCUGGCCCAACUGUCGGCCUAUCGCUGGGGCCACGUCUGCGAGCAACUGGUGCGGGAGAUCUUAGAGGCAGCGUACGCCUAUGUGGGCGACCACUUUGCCAGCCUGAUUGCCAGCGAUUCCUUCCUCUCGCUCGGCCACGACCGCAGCAGGCACAUCCCGCGCUUGGAGACCCUGCUCCUGCACACGGCAGCGGAGCUGACUCCGGAGCAGGCGUGCCGUAGCUAUCAGCGGGUAACGCGCCUUAACACCGUGCUGCAGGCAAAGGUCAUCCAUAUGCCGGCCAGCUUGGGUCAAUCGGAGCUGGCGCGGGAGCUGCAGGGUCUGCAGGAAGAGCAAUUGGACUGGCAGCCGGAAUACAUCCGACUGGUAGGGGCACUCGUCUACGCGGUGGAGCAGUGCCUCAUCCGACAGUGCUCGAGAGCUAUGCGCGUAACGGCCUGGCAACGCAUGGACCUGGAGCUACGUAAGAAGAUUCAGACGCUGGCCCGUCUCACUGAACCACUCGACAUGAAGCGGCAAAACGGCAAGCCGGUAAGCAAGGCAUUUUCCUUUGGCGGAAGCACACGCAGCCAGGACCUCGUGCAGAUCAAGUUGGCCAUUCAAGCUCAGACGAAGCGAGCCCAUGCUCAAGAGACACUCAUGUACAAAGCUACGCAGACUCAGGACGCGUCUGGUGGAGCUGGCCACGUGCAAACUGCCGAUAGAGGAGUGCAGGCGAAUCAUGAGUCGCGGGAAGGAGGUAGCAAACUGCUCAAGUCCAACUCCCGUGCGUAUGUUCCGCAUCGCGCCAGCUCCCAGGUUGCUUCGGAGCGGAACAGCAUAAAUCUUCAUAGACGCACACAGUCAGAGGCUCCGCCAGUGACCCACAGGAAGCCGAAUGCGGUUCCAGCCGCUACAGUAGAAUCAAAGUCUGCCCAAGGAAAGGCUACCACUGCAACUGCCAAACUUGGCGAAGUGCGACCCCGUUAUCUGGAGCCGCGUAAGCCAAGGGCUGUGGCUCCAGCUGCAACAAACGGCCAUGGAGCCGGUCCCGUGCGAAGUGCCACCAGCUCGAGCAUCCCAGCCAACGGGGGCAGAAAGGCGCCAGCCAAAAACCUGCACAUCUCCUCCAGCGACAGCUCACGAAACUCGAGUCCAGCGGCACGGAGAGUGCAGAAUGGCACACGUCUGGGCAACAAGUCAAGCAAUCUGUCCAUGGACAGCCUGGCAUCGCCGGCACGUCGUGCUAAGAGCAGCUCUAGGGGACCACAGGACCGAUACUCCUCCGACCAGAACUCGCUGGCGGAGAGCAUGAAGAGCUCUGUGAUCACCAACAAAACGAUCUCACACGAGUCGCUCUCAGGUAGCUCGAAACUGGCUAGAAUUCAGCAGAUAAAUGGCCAUACAAAAGGAGCUGCAACGGGAAAAAUCAAAGCAACGCAGCGGGGCUCCACUGUGGGCAAUAAGUCAACCCGCCAGCUGAAGCAACAGCACAACGCAAUGGCCUCCAACGGGUCCAGUCCCAGCUCGGUGCACACGACCAAGUCAGCGGCCAGUCGUCUCUCCUCCGUCAGCAGCACACUCUCCACGCGGGAAUUGUUUAAGCAGCGCUCUAUUUCAGUGCCCGCAGGUGGCACAGAUGGAGCGCCAAACAAGGGGCGUCACAGCUUCCUAUCGGCCAAGUCCCGAGAGAUCCUGGCCAAGCGGGCGGAGAAGAACAAGCUACAGCAGCAGCAACAGCAACAAAAGCAAACUGAAGCGCCUGUCGAGGACCGCGGCUCAGUCCAACUGCGGUCGUCCGCUGGCCCCCUGCGCUCCUCCUCACAUUCCGCGGUGUCGAGCAUGCUGCAGCAGCAUAAUCUGCGCAACAGCCUUCCCUCCAACAUUCCCACCAGACGCCCCAAUACGCUGCAUCUGAAGAAAACCACAGCGGCGACAAACGGAAUGGGCGGCCCCACUAAAACAACCACCAACGGAAUGUCGAAUGGAACGUACAAGUCGGCCCAGGCGGUUAAGCAGAAGCUGGACCUGCUCAUCGAUGCCCAGAUGGAGGGUGUGGUGCCCAGGGAGCGUGUGGAGUCCAAGCUGGAGCGCUCAAGCACCUUUUGCAAAGACAGCGCCGAUCUGGACAUCAGCGAAUUGCAGAUAGUGGAGUAAUCGAGUAAAGAAUGAUAAGCAAGCGCAUCAAAUGGGGUCGUAUAAAAUAUGGCUCCGAAUAGAUGUCUACCCGAAUCCAGAACCAUACACGUCCCAUAAGGCAACACUAGUCAAUAAUCUAGCAUGCAGCUGCCGUUGCAGUUGGCGCAUGAAACCAUUAUACAAUAACGAUAAUAACGAGAUGAUGUUACUACCAACAGACAACCGCGAUAAUUAAAUACGUUAUGACAGACAUCCGGAACCCAAAAACAAACAUAACAAGUUAUUGCCGUUUAACCUAACCCACUCCGAAGUAUAACUAUAUUAGCUUAUUGCGUUAGGGAAGUUUAUGCAAAGCGGAUAAGACAGACAAACUGGAAACAAAACAAAACAAAAGAAAACACAACAAAAAAACUGAACAUGAAAAUGAAAACAAGUAUUUGGUGAUAUUAUUUAGAGUGCGCUUUAUGUUUACGUUAAAUGCCAAGCGACAAGUGCUUAUAACCCGAACUCUCUACUCAAAGUACGAUCUAGUGGAUCCAAGGAUGCUCUACUAUAUGCUUUAUGCGCUUUGCAGGCUGCAUUUAAGGUCCUUUUCUCUAUAUUCCCGCUUUAUUGUCAAAGCCCGCCCAAUAUAACAUAAUACAUGUAUGGAAUUCUGUCCAUACAUGAGAAAUUUAUUGAUGGAUUUGAAACCAUCUCUUUAAUUUAAGCUUGGACUUUUUAUACUGUUGUUUAUUUAACUCGUACUCGUAACAAUGGCGCAUUACUUCAGCAAGGCAACCAAGGAAACGUCUCUAACAUUUUAUUUUUUAAAAUUAUUUAUAAAUUUUACUUAUUUGGUAAACAUUGAACGCAGCGAGCGAAAGUGAAUUUUUGUAAGCAACGGCAUUGAUACAUUGAUAAUGAUAAUGAAGUGCAAGAGUAAUAAAUGUGUGUAUUUAUUAAAAGUUACCAUAUAUUAAA